AUGAACGACGCACAAAAAACUCAAACAACACAGGAAUAUGGUGAUAUUGCUAAUAAUUUACUCGAUGAAGAAAAUAAUGAUGAAGAUUCGAAUAUUUGGGGUCGACUCUUAUCAAUAAAUAAACUUUUUCCAUCAAUGAAUCUAAUUGAAAAUGAAUAUUCAUUAGGUCGUGGUAAAAAAUCUUCAAUAUUUCUUGAUUCAAAAGAAAUCAAAGCAUCAAAAUAUUAUCCAACAUAUUCAUCAACACAUUUUAAAAUAAUUCGUGAUACAAUUAAAAAAUUUGUUUAUUUACAAGAUCUAUCAUCCAAUGGUACAUAUGUUAAUGGAGAAAAAGUUGGUAAAAAUAAACGACAUGUUCUUGAUAAUAAUGCUGAAAUUGCAUUAGCAUCAAAAACAAAUCGUGUCUAUGUUUAUAUUGAUACAAAUGCAAUUGAAGAUUCAACUAUUCCACCUAAUGUACGUGAAAAAUAUAUUAUAUCAAAAGAAAUUGGACGUGGUGCUUAUGGAGAAGUUAAAUUAUGUUUUAUUCGAGGUACAUGUAAUCGAUUUGCAAUGAAAAUAAUUGCAAAAAAGCAUUUUACACUUUUGGGUGCCCAAGCACAUUCUUUCAAUCAACAAAUUCAAUCGGAAUGUUCAAUUUUACAUGGACUUGAUCAUCCAUGUAUUAUUCGUGUUUAUGAUGUUUAUGAUACACCGAAUGCUGUUUAUAUUGUACUUGAAUUAGUUGAAGGUGGUGAAUUAUUUGAUCGUGUUGUAGCAAAUGGUCAAUUUGAUGAAAUAACAAGUAAAUUUCUUUUUCGACAAAUGUGUAUUGGUGUUCAAUAUUUACAUGAUCGUUCUAUAACACAUCGAGAUUUAAAACCAGAAAAUGUUCUUUUAACAUUACCAGAUACAAAUGAAACAUUAGUUAAAAUAACUGAUUUUGGUCUAUCAAGAUUUAUUAAUGAAACAACAUUGAUGAAAACAUUUUGUGGUACACCAAAUUAUUUAGCUCCAGAAGUUUUAUCAACACGUGGUGAAUCGAGUUAUACAAAUAAAGUUGAUGUUUGGAGUUUAGGUGUUAUUUUAUAUAUAUGUUUAGUUGGUUAUCCACCAUUUAGUGAAUCAACUAGUGGAACUCCGCUAAAUGAUCAAAUUGUUCAAGGUCUUUAUACAUUUCCUGAUGAAUUUUGGUCAGAUGUAUCUGAAACAGCGAAAGAUCUUAUUCGUAAAAUGAUGUGUACUGAUCCCGUCAAGCGUUUAACUAUCGCCGAUGUACUUAAACAUCCAUGGUUAGCUGAUGAUCAUGACAAUACAACACGAGUUAAUAAUAUAAUGUAUCCACCAACUAUGAAAACUGCUAAACGCUCUGCAUGUGAUGAUAAUGAAGAUGACAAUGAUAAUAAUCCAGUGACAGAAACUAAAACGACAUCAACAGAUGGAACACCACCUGACACUAAUCAUACAAAUGGAAAACGUAAACGUGUUAAACAUUAA